AUGUCGGCGCCAACCAUAACCCGCGACCGUACCAGGAGCCAUAUCCAUCAUCUUUUUCUCCUCUGCGUGAUUAUCUUGGGGGCGGCUUCCCUCCUCUGGGCGCCGCAUAUAUCUUCCUGGCAUCCGCCACCGCUCCACAUACAAGUUAAACCGUCCCACGCUGCAACGGAUGUCAGCGCGGUUGCGCCUUUCAUUUUCGACUCUAUCCAAGGUCUCCUCAAGCAGUGGCCCAACUCCUACGCCCCCAAUGGCCACUCCAUCGUUGCCGGCGUAGUCCCCGCCAACACGGCUCUGUACCAUGCCAGGCAACGAGCCAGCCGUCCGUCAAAGCCAACCUUCUUCGCCUUCGACGCGGAAAUGUCAGUGGGCAUUUACGGCGGCUCGGGCCACUCCAUACUCGAUGUCUACAGCACCACGCGCCCCCUCAACAUCAUCUACUUUGACGGCCAGUCGGCGACUCUCACGUCCGCAGGCACGCUCGAUUCGCAAAUGGCAGUCCUCCAAAGGCACGUCCCACUCUAUCCGCCUUACAAUCUCGUGUACGACGAAGAUCAGCGCAAGUUCGACCUCUGUCGCCUGGCGGCCGAUCUCGGGAUAGACGGCAUCGUGCGCAUGAACGCAGGCUUCGAAGUCCUCAUCUGCGAUUUUGAUGCGUCGAAGGUCCGCGCCCUCUUCGCCACCAAUAACUCGGUCCCGAACCCGGAGGCUGAGAACACGUCGUUGCCGCAUGAUCCGAACCGCCAGCCGCCUCGGGGCUACGGGAACGUGUUCGCUGAGCAGGGCUCGUUUGAAUGGCUCCGGAGCGCUAGUUGGCAUUACGAGAUCCCGGAGCCGCGAAUCAAGCUCGAUCUGUGUAGAAUGGUGUCGUUCUAUGAUCCGGCGUUGUCAAGCCUGGCAGACGCUCAUCACGGCGGGAUCGUCGGCAAUCAGACGUACGAAAACGGAUGGGGCUUGCGGCGGGGGCAUCGACUGCUGGAGAUUGACGAGGACGAUGUCAAGCUUGUCCGUGCGUGGCUCAAGGAGGAUAUGGCCUCAUCAUCAUCACCGUCUUUGUCGGUAGGAGCCGGAUGCUCGGGUAUCGAUUGGCAUGCCAUGUUCGCAGUUAUCCAGGCCCAGCAUGGAACACGGGCAAGAGAGAUUGCUGCGGUUUUCGAAUGGAACCGCGAGACCGAGCAAGAGCAAAACGCCAUCGUCACCCGAGUUCACGAGCUCUCCCACGCUGUUCUUUCCGCGUACGUGGAGUACAGCUCCAGCACACCGAAGGAGCUGGCCAUCACCCGAUGCUCAUCCAUGCACACGAUGCUACUUGACCCCAGCACCCUGGCGCGGUCAGAGAGACUGCUUUAUCACGUAGUGGAAACCGUGCUGAAGAAGCUCUGCACCUGGGAAUGGGACCUGUUCGAGUGGAGCGAGGGGCACACCAGCAAGUAUCUGGCCAACAACAAAUCCACCAAAUUCAGGAUCACGGCCCGGGACGCGUCUCUCUUGGACGAGAUCAACGAGUACCGCCAGCAAACCACUGAAGUUUUGAACUGGAUGGGAUGGGACACGUGGACGCAAUGCGAGAGGCAGUGUGGCCCGAGUGAGCUCUGUGCUAUCCCGGCGUGGCCGGUUGUUUACGCCCCCGGUUUACCGCAGGGUGGCAUCUAUGCGGGGAGCAAUCCCAGGUUGACCGACGAAGAGACGCGGGAGUUUUGGAGGCCGAAGUGUGUCGACCGGACCGACUUUGAUCGGGGCGGUGGGCGAGGGAGGGAGCCCGAUUACCAGCUUCCUGACGUUCCGCCGUAUUAG